UCUCAUUGUUCUUAUUUAAUUUCAGGAAAAACUUUUGACAUUACCUAUGUUCGUCUAAAAUUUUACACAAGUCGUCCAGAAAGUUUUGGUAUUUAUAAAAGGACUAUACCAGAUGGUGAUUGGGUGCCGUAUCAGUUUUACAGUGCUACGUGUCAAAGUACUUAUGGGUUAAACGACACAUCAUAUGUUACAUACAGCGACGAAACUAGAGCCCUUUGCACGUCUGAAUUUAGUGAUAUUUCUCCUCUAACUGGUGGCAACGUUGCAUUCAGUACUUUGGAAGGUCGUCCAUCUGCUUAUAAUUUCGAAAACAGUCCAGUUUUACAGGAAUGGGUAACAGCAUCUGACAUCCGCAUUACUUUAGAUAGAGUCAAUUCUUUUGGUGAUGAAAUUUUCGGCGAUGAAAAAGUCUUGAAAUCAUAUUAUUAUGCAAUUUCCGAUUUUGCUGUUGGUGGAAGAUGUAAGUGCAAUGGACACGCAGGGGAAUGCAUUCGUGUUAACCAAAAUCCAGAUGCUCCUUGGGAGACUCAACUUGUGUGUCGUUGUGAACAUAAUACUGCCGGUCCUGAUUGUGAAAGAUGUUUACCAUUUUAUAAUGACCAACCUUGGUCUAGAGCUACUGCUACAGAUGCUCAUGAGUGUAAAGCAUGUAACUGCAAUGGUAGAUCUAAUUCUUGUUACUUUGAUGUUGAGUUGUGGCUGCAGACUGGACAUGGGGGUCACUGCUCUGAUUGUAGAGAUAACACUGAUGGAGUGAGCUGUGAAAGAUGCAAAGAAAACUUUUAUUUGAGGGAAGAUGAAAGAUGUGUUCCAUGCAAUUGUGAUCCCGUAGGAUCGAGAAGCUUGCAGUGCAAUAAUAAAGGACAAUGUUCAUGCAAACCAGGUGUUGAUGGUUUGCGUUGUACUAAAUGUGCUGCUAAUUUCUAUGAUUUUUCAGAUUUAGGUUGCAGAGCCUGUGGUUGCCAUGUUGCUGGAAGUAUCGAUAACACUCCUACCUGUGAUCACAUUACUGGUGUUUGCCGAUGCAAAGACUAUGUUGAAGGGCAACGUUGUGAUCAGUGCAAGCCUGGCUACUUUGAUCUUCAAGACAGCAAUGAGUUUGGUUGCUUACCCUGCUUCUGUUUUGGACAUUCCUCUGUGUGUAGAAGUGCUCCUGGUUAUUCUGCUUAUUCUGUUGAUAGUACUUUUGCGAGAGAUAAAGAAAGAUGGAAUGCUGUGGAUUAUGGUAGGAGAGAUAUUCCAUUUAAGUACAAUCCUUCUACUCAAAGCAUUGAAGUUAAUGCUAUAGGAAGAGAUCCUGUUUAUUUUCUUGCCCCUGACAGAUAUCUAGGGGAUCAACGUACUGCCUAUAAUCAGUUCUUAAGUUUUACUCUGAGAAUCGGAGAAGAAGGACCUCAAGCUACCCUCGAAGACAUAGUUUUGGAAGGUGCUGGCUUAUCAAUAUCUCUACCGAUUUUCGGUCAAGGCAAUCCACUUCCUGGGACCACCAAUCAAAAUUACAAAUUCAGGCUUCAUGAACAUUCAGCAUAUGGUUGGAAUCCAAGGCUUACAGCUCACGAUUUCAUCAGCAUUUUAUCCAAUUUAACUACUAUAAAAAUGAAAGCCACUUAUACUCCUGAAGGAACUGGAUACCUUGACAAUGUUCACCUGGAUUCUGCUCACCGAUCUCCUCUUGGUGUUGAGGCUACUUGGGUGGAAAUGUGUACCUGUCCUGAAGGUUAUGUUGGACAAUUUUGUGAAUCUUGUGGUCCAGGCUAUAGGCAUGAUCCACCCAAUGGUGGAAAAUUUGCUCGUUGUGUUCCAUGCAAUUGUAAUGGACAUGCUGAAUAUUGUGAUCCUGAAACUGGACGUUGCAUUUGCCAACACAACACUGCAGGGGACAAUUGUGAACAUUGUGCAUCUGGAUAUUAUGGCAAUGCUGUAUUGGGGACUUCAGAUGAUUGCCAACCUUGCCCUUGCCCUGGAAAUGGUGCUUGUGUCAUUUUACCCGAUAAUGAAGUUGCCUGUUUAGAAUGCCCAGAAGGAUAUGCUGGUCGCCGCUGCGAUCUUUGUAUUGAUGGAUAUUUUGGAGAACCUUCACGAGGAGAAUGCAGAAAAUGUGAAUGCAAUGAAAAUGUUGAUUUUAAUGCAAUAGGUAACUGUGAUAGGGUAACUGGUGAAUGUUUAAAAUGUGUCUAUAACACUGGAGGACGUCACUGUGAAUCAUGUUUGCCUGGAUUUUAUGGUAAUGCUCUAGCAUUGCCAAAAGGAGACUGCAAAGCUUGUAAUUGCAACCCUGUUGGAACUGUGUUGAAAGAACUUGAACUAAACAUAUUAGUCUGUAAUUAUGCAACUGGGCAAUGUCCCUGUAAAUCUCAUGUAGAAGGAAAGCAUUGCGACGUCUGUUCUGAAGGUUAUUGGAACUUAGCGAGUGGUAAUGGCUGUGAGCACUGUAACUGUGAUCCCAUAGGUUCCUUAGAUGGUAGCUGUGAUAUAUCCUCUGGUCAGUGUCAUUGCCGUCUGGGAGUUACUGGCCAAAAAUGUGAUCAGUGCAUGCCCCUUCAGUAUGGAUUUUCAAUUGAAGGGUGUAAAGAAUGUGAAUGUGAUCCAAUUGGUUCAACAUCACCCCAGUGUGACCCAGCUGGACAGUGUCCUUGUAAACCAAAUGUUGAAGGACGUAAAUGUGAGCGUUGCAAAGAAAAUACUCAUAACAAAGCUGCUGGAUGUGUUGACUGCCCUCCUUGCUACAAUCUUGUUAAAGAUGCUGCUGAUGCUCAUCGUGGAAAAUUGGCUGAACUUCAAGAAUUGCUGCAGGCAUUACGAGAUAAUCCUCAAUUGUUGAAUGAUGAAGAAUUUGUAAUGAAAUUGGCAAAAGUGCAAGAAAAAGUUAAUAAUUUAUUAGAAGAAGCUUUAGGCUCUACCGAGCUGGAUGGCCAGGUUGGAAAUAAACUGAAAGACCUUCGAAAUAGAUUGGAAGAUGUGAAUAAAACAGCUGGUGUGAUUGCUAAUAAGAUAAUCGAUGCCAAAGAAAUUGGAGGUUCUGGUGAAAGAAAUAUAUCGAUGGCUGAAGACAUCAUCAAAAGUGCACAUGAUGCUCUCAUCAGUGCCAGAAAAUACCUAGAAACUGAAGGAAUAUCCGCAUUAGAAAAAGCUAUUGAAAGAUCUGAAAAAUUUGGUCAGCAGUCUGAAAGAAUGUCUGAAAUUGCAAGAGAAGCCAGGCACCUUGCUGACGAGAGGAAUAAUUUUCUUGGUGAUGCUUCAGCAGGCCUGGAAAAAUGUGAGUGUGAUCCAAUUGGUUCAACAUCACCCCAGUGUGACCCAUCUGGACAGUGUCCUUGUAAACCAAAUGUUGAAGGACGUAAAUGUGAACGUUGUAAAGAAAAUACUCAUAACAAAGCUGCUGGAUGUGUUGACUGCCCACCUUGCUACAAUCUUGUUAAAGAUGCUGCUGAUGCUCAUCGUGGAAAACUGGCUGAACUUCAAGAAUUGCUGCAGGCAUUACGAGAUAAUCCCCAAUUGCUGAAUGAUGAAGAAUUUGUCAUGAAAUUGGCAAAAGUGCAAGAAAAAGUUAAUAAUUUAUUAGAAGAAGCUUUAGGCUCUACUGAGCUGGAUGGCCAGGUUGGAAAUAAACUGAAAGACCUUCGAAAUAGAUUGGAAGAUGUGAAUAAAACAGCUGGUGUGAUUGCUAAUAAGAUAAUCGAUGCCAAAGAAAUUGGAGGUUCUGGUGAAAGAAAUAUAUCGAUGGCUGAAGACAUCAUCAAAAGUGCACAUGAUGCUCUCAUCAGUGCCAGAAAAUACCUAGAAACUGAAGGAAUAUCCGCAUUAGAAAAAGCUAUUGAAAGAUCUGAAAAAUUUGGUCAGCAGUCUGAAAGAAUGUCUGAAAUUGCAAGAGAAGCCAGGCACCUUGCUGACGAGCAUGAAAAAGAAGCCGAAGAGAUUAUGAAAAAAUCCUUAGAUGCCAGGAAUAUUUCCAAAGAGGCCUAUGACAAAGUGAGACAUGCAUUAGAAACUCCUGGUGAAACAGCAGACAACAUCAAUCGGUUAGAAAGAAAGCUUAUAGAUGUGGACCAUAAAAUAGAAGAAGUGAAAAGAUUAGCCACAGCUGCUUAUGAUGAAGCUAAUAAAACAUAUGAGGCAGCACUUGAUUUGUUCACAAAAGCCAAUUCGAUUAACUUACCGGAUAUUGAUGUGGAUGAAAUGAAAGAGAAUGCUGCUGCUCUUAUCAAGCAGGCUAAAGAAUUACAAGAAAGGGCUGAUAAUCUUGCUAAAGAAAAUGAAGAACUUUUGGGAAAGAUAAAACAACAAGUUGAUGAUGCUGAAGAUUUACUUAAAGCUGGAGAAAAACAACAACAAAUAAUUGAUGAGAUGAUGGCUACUGUUGAUGCUGCUCUUGCUAAAGCUAAAGAUGCAGUUGAAUCUGGUGAAAAAACCUUAAAAGAUGCUAAGGAAACACUUGAAACAUUGAGAGGUUUUGAUCAGCUUAUACAAGAGAGCAAAGGUAGAGCUGAUGAAGCAAUGACUAGAAUUCCAGAAAUAGAAAGAAUUAUUACUGAAGCAGAAGAUAAAACUGCAUCAGCUGAAAGUGCUUUAAGUGGGGCUAAGAUGGUUGCCAUUGACUCCAGGGAUGAAGCUCAACGUGCGGAAGGCACGGCUAAGAAUGCAUCUGAUCAUGCUCAAGCUGUUUUGGAAAGUGCUGAAGAGACAAAGAAAGAAGCUGGAGAAUUAAGGGAUAAAGCUGAUGAUCUAGCUGAUGGGGUUCAGAAAACAGAUGAUACAUUGAAAGAAUNACCAGCUUUGGAACAAGCAAAUAGAGCCAAACAAAGUGCCACCGAUGCCUCUGUUAAAGUGAAAAAUGCCUUAGAUACCGUUGAUGAUAUUUUGCGGGCUCUAGAGGGUCUUGAUGACAUUGAUGAGUCUUUACUGGAUGAAUUAGAGAAUCGUUUAGAAGCAGCAGAGAAAGAGCACAAGGAAGCUAAUUUUGAGAGUCGCCUGCAAGAACUACGGCAGGAGAGAGAUUUGCAGCAUCAGUGGAUGAAGGUGUAUACAGAAGAAAUCGAAAAAGCAAAGAAAGACGUUGCAAAUAUUGCUGAUAUACGGAAUGCACUGCCCAAUAAGUGUUAUCGUCGGGUAAUUCUUGAGCCUGAAAAUUAAUUUUACAUAAGAGCUUGGUUGGACUUUUUAAAAUUAUGUUUUUUACACUGGGAAUAAUCAUUAAUUACAAUUUUUAGACUUUGAAAAAUAUAUUUAUAUUCGUUUUAUUGAUCAUGUAAAAUCUUCAAAACUGUAAAUGUUUAAGGUUAUUUAUAUGAGAUUUUAACUUUUCUAUCUAAAUUAUGAUGGGAAACAAGUUUUGGAUAUGAAAUGUUUUCUCUUUUAUAUAAAAUUUAUACAGAAAAAAAUGCAAAUACUAGAAUAGGGGUUGCACCUUUCAGUUUGGAAGAUAAAGUGAUUUUAUGAAUGGCUAAUAUGCUGCCUCUACCUUCCAACAAAAAAUUUGAAUAAAAUUAUAUAAGUAGUUUCAGAAAUGUUAUAACAGAUUUUUAAACUAAUUUUGAUAAACUAGUUCGAAAAUAGUUUUUUUUUUUGCUCCAAUAGUUUUUUUUUGCUAAUUUGAAAUUGCUCCAAUAUUACAGCAUUAAAAUUCUAAAUCGUUAAGCAUUGCAAGUCAAGGUUUCUUUGAUUUUUUUUUUUAAAGAAAAAUGUCCCUAACAAAAAUAUUUUCUGAAAAAUAGUUCAAAGAUUUAUCUAAAAAAUAAACUUAUAAAUAAAUUGUACUAGAAUGGAAAAAGGAAAUAGCUUUAUCACUAAGGAAAUUGAAACUCUGUUCUUAUUUAAGUUUAUCAAAGGAAUAAACAUUUUAAAUACAACUGCUUUUAAAUUCAAAACUAUUUUGCAUCUUGUUUAAGAAACAAUUAAGUUAUCAUCAAUUGAUGUAAAGACUCAAUUCAUGGUGUAUCUUGAAAGCUAAAUUUUUAUUUUCUGCAUCCAUCUUCCUGAAAUAGUUGUGCAAUCCUAUUCUAGUGAUUUCAUAGCAUUUAAUAUGCACAUGAGUUAAAAACUGAAUUAUUAAAAUUAUAAUAUUUUAUAAAAUGUUAGAAGAAGUCUUAUACUAGACAGUAAGUUAUUGAAUGAAUGAAUUAGUUAUUUAAAAAGUUGACAAAAAUUCUUGUUUGCAUGCAACAAAUUUUUGGUCUCAUUUUGCCAAUUGUUUUUUUAAUUUCGGCAUUCCUGUACAUUUUCAUAUUUUUUAUGCUUCUGACUUGUACGUUGAUUUUUCCUUAUUUUUAAAUUUUAUUUGUACGUAUCAAUAUUAUAUUUUUGAGAUUGUUUGUUUGGUGUUUUCGAAAGUAUCUCAAUUAUCAAAGCAACUUUGCAUGCGGGUAGAAUUUAUGUGUCAAAUUGUAUCAUUUGUAUGUUUCCAUACAUUAGUUUUUGAUAAAAAAAAGUUUAUUUCUUUUUUUUUUAUGAAUUAAAAUGUGUUGUGCCAAAUGGUGAAAUGAGUUAAAUUAAGGUUUCAAUCACAAAAAAAGUGUAUUCAUGUUUUGUACAAUUUCUUUUAAAUCUAGAAUCUCAUUGUCUAUUGUUUGAAAUACUUUUUUUGCAUGAUUAAUGCAUCAAAUUACUCAUUUAUUUUCAAAAAUACUGUUGACCAAAGAAUGACCAGUAUUACAUAUGAUAUCAAGAAGCAAUUUCUU